AUGUCUACGGAAAAACUUCAGAACGACGAUAAGGUCGUGGAUGAGAAGUACGUUGAUGCCGAUGAGCACUCACUUGUGAGGUCUCAGGACGAGUCGUUUCCCCAGACGGAAGAGGGCGGUGAGCCCACCGACCACGAGAUGAAGACUCUCAGGCGUGUGGCCAGAAAAAUCCCCAUGUCAUGUUGGCUUGUUGCCAUUGUGGAGUUGUCGGAGCGUUUUACCUACUACGGUUUGUCGACGCCUUUCCAGAACUACAUGCAAGGUACCAGAGACUCCACCCCCAAAGGUGUUUUGGGCUUGAACCAGUCGGGUGCCACCGCCUUGUCGUACUUCUGGCAGUUUUGGUGUUAUGUGACCCCCAUUUUCGGUGCUUGGAUAGCUGACACUUACCUCGGCAAGUACUUCACCAUCUGUAUUUUCUGCAUUGUGAUGAUGGUGGGUAUCUUCAUUUUGUUCAUCACUUCGCUUCCAUCUAUUGCUUCUGAAACUACCUCUUUGGCUGGUUUCAUUGUGGCCGUCAUUGUCAUUGGUAUCGGUACCGGUGGUAUCAAGUCCAACGUGUCGCCUUUGAUUGCUGACCAGAUUCCAAAGGAGAGACCUUCCAUAAAGGUGUUAAAGUCUGGUGAGAGGGUAAUUGAGGACCCCAGCAUCACCGUCUCCAACGUGUUCAUGUUCUUCUACCUUAUGAUCAACAUUGGUGCGCUUUCGGUCAUUGCAACGACCGAGUUGGAACACCAUGUCGAUUUCUGGGCCGCUUUCCUUUUGCCUCUCUGUUUCUUCUGCGUGGGUAUUUUGGCUCUUGUGUUGGGUAAGAACAAAUACGUGAAAGUCCCAGUUGGUGAGAAAGUGAUUGCCAGAUCUUUCAAGUGCGCUUUUAUCGCUUUGUCGAAGUUGAACUUCGACGCUGCUAGACCUUCUCAUCACCCAGAUCGCGAGUUUCCUUGGGACGAUGCCUUUGUUGACGAGGUUCAGAGAGCCUUGUACGCAUGUAAGGUGUUUGCUUUCUACCCUAUCUACUGGUUAGUUUACGGUCAAAUGAACAACAACUUUGUUUCUCAGGCCGGUCAGAUGGAGCUCCACGGCUUGCCCAACGAUAUCUUGCAGGCAAUCAACUCCAUCACGCUUAUUAUCUUCAUCCCUAUUUGUGAGAGAAUUGUCUAUCCGUUUAUCAGAAGAUACACUCCCUUCAGAGCUGUGACCAAAAUUUUCUGGGGUUUCAUGUUUGGUGCUGCUGCCAUGGUGUACGCCGGUGUCUUACAGCAUUUCAUCUAUAAGGCGGGCCCAUGUUACUACUUCCCAAUGGCCUGUGAUCCUCAGUACAAAAACGUCCCCAACCAUAUUCACAUUGCCCUUCAGACUCCUUGCUACUGGUUGAUUGGUAUGUCUGAGAUCUUUGCUUCGAUUACCGGUUUGGAGUAUGCGUACACCAAGGCGCCUGUGACAAUGAAGUCCUUCAUCAUGUCGAUUUUCCUUCUUAUGAACGCCUUUGGUUCAGCUCUUGGUAUUGCUCUUUCUCCAGUGUCUGAAGACCCUAAGAUGGUGUGGACGUUUAACGGUUUGGGUGUGUCUUGUUUUAUUGCCGGGUGGAUAUUCUGGUUCACAUACAAGCACUACAACUACAGAGAAGAUGAGUGGAACAACUUGGAGUACAGGCACGAAGAUCUUUACCACCCAACUGAGACCAGAGACCCUGAAUUGGAGCCAGUGGUCUCUCUCACUCGUUCUUUCAAGCAGUAUGCUUAA